AUGGGGAAGAAAAAGCGCGGCCAUCCGGAUCUCGAGGAGUUGCUCGCGAGGCCAUGGUGCUAUUACUGUGAGCGUGACUUUGAUGACUUGAAGAUUCUCAUUUCUCACCAGAAGGCGAAACACUUCAAAUGCGAGAGGUGUGGGAGGAGGUUAAACACAGCCGGAGAGUCUCUAUCCCAGGUCGACAAUGCCCUUCAGAACCGGUCAAGUCUCGAUAUUGAGAUUUUUGGCAUGGAAGGUGUCCCGGAGGACGUGUUGCAGGCCCACAACCAGCGUGUCUUGCAACAGUAUCAACAGGCAGAGGCUGAACGGCGUGCUGCAACGGGAAAUCCUGCACCGGGCACUUCGGGCAGUAGUGGACAGUCUAAAAAGCCCAAGUUCGAAUCUCCUUCUGAGCUGAAGAAGAGACUUGCGGAGCAUAAGGCGCGUUUGGCAGAACAAGCGGCUGGCGGAAGCAGUGGAGACACUACGCCCGUUGGUGCUGGGCAACAGUCACAAUCUACGCCUGGUGGCACUCCAUAUCAGCAGCCUAGCACACCGCAGUAUAAUGCCCCUCAGCAGCCAGCGAACGGAUCUGGCCAACAUUACGCGGCUCCAUAUGGACAAGCUCCGGCCGCAUUCCCACAACAGCCUCAACAGCCUGGUUUUGUACCACCAGCCGGGCCACAGAGCUACCCCAUGCAUCAGUAUCCUCCUUCUACGAACAUGCCAACGUCACCGUACCCACAGGCUGGUGUUCCGCCCAUUGUUUCACCAGUCGGAGCCAGCCCUACUCUCCCGUACCAUCACCAACAGCACCACCAGGCAAUGAGAACACACACACCACCUCAGACUAUAUCUCCCUCCUAUCCUACCCGAACACCAAGCUUGCCACCCGCUCCAGGACUUCCUCAACGGCCCAGUUUUGGCGCCCCGCAAGUCAAUGCCUUCCAAAUGCAACAGCUGCACCAAGGCCAAGUUUCUGGGCCUCCAGCUGUUCCUAUGCCUACAGAUGCGCAGGGUAACCGUGCUCACCCUCUGCCAGAUGCUAAUUUUGAAUCUCUAUCAGCGUCAGCUGAUAAAUUGAUUUCAGAGGCUGCUAAGCAAGCCAAAGAGUUACCAGCUAAGCCAAGCCCCGCCCCCGGAACCCCUGAAGAAGGGGCUGCUGGUAAAUCUUCGAAGAAAGAAAAGGCUAAGUCCAUCAGACUAGUUUAUUCCGACAAUGAGAUCAGUCCAGAGGAAAAACUAGCCCGUCUACCUCGAUAUGCCUUUGUUCCACAGCACGAGAAUUCUUCAGGGGAGACAGCAGCAGAGCCUGUUGCUGGUGCCGAAGAAGUUGUCAACCUCCCAGCGUAA